AUGCCAGCCCCCGAAGCUUUCCCUCGUAACCAAGAUGGUAGACCAGCUCUUGGCCAUGUGAACCUAAUGCUUGACACCUUUCUGUGUAACGCUAGCAUCGAAGAUCUCCGAGCGGCUGUCCGUGGCCUCCUAUCCUCCGGUUCACCGGGUAUUGCGUCUGCGUUCACCACCGCUGCGCGAACGCAACUUCAGAAGACGAGCAAUACGUCCGUGUUGCAGAGCCCUAUGCCCAUAUUCGCGAUAUCAUCGCAAACAGCGUCGUGGCAACCUACGAAACGGCUCGCAGAUAUGCUAAUGCGGGCAAGAUCUCUUUACGGCGUCGGAAUGGCGUUUUCAAGUUUAGACAUUCUUGCAGCGAUCGUUCGGGCAGCGAGUGAAUUGCGAUGGCCAUCUGAUGGGGAGAUGGCUGAUACGUUGGCCAUGAUAGAUGCGGAUAUCGCGCAAGCACUCCAGAGUUGUAAAGAGGAAACCGAGGCGGGUAGGGUCGAGGACAUCAGACUGGCGCGUGAAAGCAUAACCAAACUAAGGAUUGCUGUCGAGGAAUGCCAUAAGCAAGUCGAGGCGUGGGGAGGAGAGAUUCCAUUCGAGCGUUCUUCCUCAAGCUUAGAGCUUAUGAAAUUGUAA